GGGCGUGGGAGCGAGCGGCAAUCCCUAAAGACCGUGUACGCAUGCGUGGGAACUGGGCCGCCAGCGUGCGUGUGACGUCACGGGCGCGCCCGUCUGAACUUCCUCGUUUCUCUGUAGAGAGAGCGGCAGCAAUCUGUUCAGCUCCCUAGUUGAAUUUGCUUUGGACAGCUUUGUGAAGCAGAUCUGAUAUGCCACUUGAAUUAAUAAAAGAAGUUAAUGGGGUGCCUGAAGUUGAACCAUUAACUAAAUUAAGCAAAGUAGAUUUCAGAUCCCUACAGCCAGGUUGUGAUUAUAGCAAGAAAUACGUCCAGGGAAAACUUUCAUUUAUCUCUUCUUUAACUAAUGGUGGAAACAGAACAGCUGUUUUGAAGAUUGGACUACAAGAACAAGAAAAUUCAAAUGCAGAGAUCAGCACCAUCAAUGUACUGUUUUUUGGAAAAUUAGCAAAGGACUGUGCAAAAGUUUUCUGUGAAGGGGACACCAUUGCUGUGGCUGGAUUUAUUGUUUUGUCAAGCUCUUCAUCUACAAGUAGUGAUGGUAAACAAUGCUUAUUUUUGAAAGCAUUUGAAGACUGCAAAUCAACUGUUUAUGUUUAUGUUAAAUCUGUAAGAGAUUUUUCUACAGAAUCAAUGUCUUUGGUUCCAGCAACACAUUACAUAUAUACACCCCUGAAUCAACUUAAGAGUGGUAUGAUUGUCAAUGUUUAUGGUGUUGUGAAGUUCUUUAAGCCACCAUAUGUAAGCAAAGGGACUGAUUAUUGCUCCGUUGUAACAAUCGUGGACCAGACAAAUGUAAAGUUAACCUGCCUGUUCUUUAGUGGAAAUUAUGAAGCCCUUCCAAUAAUUUAUAAAAAUGGAGAUAUUGUUCGCUUUCACAGGCUGAAGAUCCAAGUAUAUAAAAAUGAGACUCAGGGUAUCACCAGCUCUGGCUUUGCGUCUUUGACAUUUGAGGGAACUUUGGGAGCUCUGAUCAUACCUCGUACUUCAAGCAAGUAUUUUAACUUCACCACUGAGGACCACAAAAUGGUAGAAGCCUUACGUGUUUGGGCAUCUACUCAUAUUUCACCAUCUUCAACAUUAGUAAAAUUGUGUGAUGUUCAGCCAAUGCAGUAUUUUGACCUGACUUGUCAGCUCUUGGGCAAAGCAGAAGUGGAUGGAACAUCGUUUCUUCUAAAGGUAUGGGAUGGCACCAGGACCCCAUUCCCAUCUUGGAGAGUCUUAAUACAAGACCUUGCUCUAGAAGGUGAUUUAAGCCAUAUUAAUCGGCUGCAGAAUCUGACAAUAGACAUUUUAGUCUAUGACAACCAUGUUCAAGUGGCAAAAUCUCUGAAGGUUGGGAGCUUUCUUAGAAUUUACAGCCUCCAUACCAAACUUCAGUCUGUGAAUUCAGAGACCCAAGCAACAUUGUUAGCUCUAGAGUUUCAUCUCCAUGGGGGUACCAGUUAUGGUCGGGGAAUCAGAGUCUUGCCAGAAAGUAACUCUGAUGUGGAUCAACUGAAAAAGAGUUUAGAAUCUGCAGAUUUGACAGCCAAUCAGUCUCAUGGUAUAUGUCAAUCAGAACAUGAGGACAGCUUUCCAACUGUUUCAAGCUCUGGAUCAGUAUCACUGUAUGAGGUGGAAAGAUGUCAACAACUGUCAGCUACAAUACUUACAGAUCAUCAGUAUUUGGAGAAAACUCCACUAUGUGCUAUUUUGAAACAAAAAGCUCCCCAACAAUAUCGCAUCCGAGCAAAACUGAGGUCAUAUAAGCCAAGAAGACUCUUUCAGUCCGUUAAACUUCAUUGUCCUAAGUGUCAUUCACUGCAAGAAGUUCCACAUGAGGGUGAUUUGGAUAUAAUUUUACAAGAGGGUGCAACUAAAACCCCAGAUGCCAAACUACAAAAUACAUUACUAUAUGAUUCAAAAAUGUGGACGACUAAAGACCAAGGAGAACGAAAAAUAGCUAUUCAUUUUGUGAAAAAUAAUGGCAUUCUCCCACUUUCAAAUGACUGUCUAAUUUUGAUAGAAGGAGGUACAGUUGAUGAAAUCUACAAGCUCUCAAGCAAAUUUCAUAGUGUAAUUCCUGUGAAAUCUGGCCACGAAGACCUGGAACUCGUCAACCUUUCAGCACCAUUUCUUAUACAGGGAAAAAUCCAUCACUAUGGAUGUAAACAGUGUUCUAACUUGAGACCAAUACAAAGUCUAAAUUCCCUGGUUGAUAAAACACAAUGGAUUCCUUCUUCUGUGGCAGAAGUACUAGGUAUUAUGCCCCUUCAACAUGUGUUUGUGAUGACAUUUACUCUGGAUGAUGGAACAGGGGUAUUGGAAGCUUACCUCAUGGAUUCUGAAAAAUUCUUCCAGAUUCCAGCAUCAGAAAUACUAAGAAAUGAUGACCUUCAGCAAAAUAUGGAUAUGAUAAUGGAUAUGUUUUGCCCUCUAGGAUUAAAAAUUGAUGCAUAUCCAUGGUUGGAAUGCUUCAUCAGGUCAUACAAUGUCACAAGUGGAACGGAGCAGCAAAUUUGCUAUCAGAUUUUUGACACCACAGUUGCAGAAGAUCUUAUCUAAUACUACCAUUCAACUUAGCAUAUGUAAAAUAUUAUAAUUUUAGAAAACAUUACUAUUUUCUCUGAGAGUACUACAAAACACAUAAAAUAUUUAGUUCUGUGGUUUAUUUUCAGUUUUAACCACUAUUUAAACUUUUUUGACAAACAGACAUUGUAUUAUCUUAAUGCCUUCUUGUGAGUAAGUAAAAAUGUUCCUGUUGCUCAAAAUAUCCAGUAUGAUAGCCGGUAACUAUAAAGGAAAAAGACAUUGAAUAAAUAAGGACUACAUUUUCAUUUACUCUUGAAGUCCUUGUAAAGAAACUAUUUUGUUACCCUACACUCAAAACCACUUUCCCUAUUCGCUUUUUCACAUGUCGGCCACUGAUUUUUAUGCUGUGAACCAUCCCUGGUUGAGCUGCUUUUUCUGCCCUGCUAUUUAUAGCAGCAGUAUUGAUCAUUUUAGCAUAGGUACAGGACUAGAAAACAUCCUUACAUUAAAGCUGUCAAUUUUUGCCAAGUCCAGGGUAUGCAAGGCUUGUGGUUUGAUUCUGUUUUGUUUUGUACAAAGGCGUCUGCUUAAACCAGUACUCUGUAAAGAAGUGCUUUUCUGAGUGGGCUUUGGUGUAUGUAAGAGUGAUUUAGUUUAAGUAUAGAUGGCAGAAUUGCUUUCUCUGAGUGCUGCUAUUUAGGAUAAAUUUAGGAUAAAUCCAUUUUUUAAGACUGCCUGUUUUGCUACGUGAUAUUAGAAGUUACUCCAUUCCAUCUCAACCUAAUAAAGUGCUCAGAUUUAUAAUGUUAGUGACCUACUUUGUAUUAUCCUUCUUAUUUAUAGUCUUCUGUAUAAAAUAUACAUGUAUUUCAGGUUGAGCAUUGAAUGAGAUGUUAAUUCAGUGUAAUCGUCUGCUUUUUACCUGAAAAUGUUUGUCAAAUUUAAAUCAUGAAUAUUCAGUUUUAGAAAAAUCCUAUAUAUUUGUAUGUAUAUGUAGAUUUAUGUAUGUUAUUUGCUAAAGACUGAGAGAUACUGAUCUGCCUAGCUCAGUAUUAAUGAAGAAUAAAUAAAUGCACACAUUUCAA